CACCAGACCGGCUGGACCCCGGCUGGACUCCUCUCCUCGCAAGUCACAAGUCACAACUCACGGCAAGUAGUGCGCUGGUCCGGUGCCGCCGCUUCCCUCUUUCCGGCCGCGCGAGGACGGCGGCCGCCAUGCGCCGCCUCUUCGCCGCGGCCAUGCCGCGCCUGCUCGCCGCCCUCCUCCUCCCCCUCCUCGUCGCGUUGCAAUCAAAGGCGGCGUUAAGCUUCGGUGCCACCGCCGGCCGUGCGGAGUGGCACGUCCUGACCAGGGCCAACUUCUCCUCCCAGAUCCGGCUCCACCCCCACGUCCUCGUCCUCGUCACCAUGCCAUGGUAUGGUGAGUCAAGAUCAUUAAUGGCAGAAAUAGAACAUCUGGUUGCAACCGAUGAGCGGGGGCUUGGUCACCUCAAACUGAUGGUUGUGUACAGAAAUCAUGAGAAGUUGCUGUCGGAUGCUAUUGAGGCCACUGAAGGAACAAAGUUCAUAUACUAUCAACAAUCCAUACGGUUCAAAUAUCAAGGAAAGCUUCGUGCUCGAGAUAUACUAUAUUCAAUACACCAUACCAUGUCACUUAAGCAUGAGGAGGCCCCUUUUGAGGUUUUGCAUACGAAAGAAGACGUGGAAGCUUUUAUUGAAUCAACCGAUAAAGCAGUGCUUUUAUCUGAAUUCUGUGGAUGGUUUACCAGAUUGGCUAGUGGUGGAAGCAACAGAAGCAAUGGUGGCCCUUCAUCAAAAAAUCACACAGAGAAUGUUGGCAUUUCUGGGAAGACACAAACCAGACAAUCAGAUGGACAACUAGAGCUUGUUAUAGAGGAUGAAGAACUGACCUUUGGAGGUGGAGGCCAGCUUACUGGUUCUCCUUGGAAAGGUGGAUUUACCAUAGCAAAUGGAAGCCUGUCAGAUCAAAGUGAAAUAUCAACUGAUGAGAAUAGAAAGUUGUGCACAGUGCAAAAGUUCCAACAGUUUGAAAGCUUCUACACAAAGCUUACUGCUCUGUCAAGAGAAUACUUCCUUCCGCCAGAGAAAGUUAGAUUUGGUCUUAUAACUGAAAAGUCAUUAUUACCUUCAUUAGACAUUAUCAAUGAAGGCAAUUCCGAGACAUGGUUCCUUAGUGUUCAUUAUCUGGGAUGCGCAACUUGUUCAGUUACUGCAAAAGAAGGGGAUGACCUAAGAAGCCUGUUGCAAUCUCAUCAUAAUCUCGAUGUUAAGGAGAUUGAAGUUGAUGAGAGUGGGGGUGAGGCUACCUUUCCUUCAAAUAGGCCCUCUGCUAUUCUAUUUAUCGACAGAUUAUCUGAUUCUUCAAAAACUCGAGAUGAAAGUAAAUUAUCUCUCAAGUUACUAAGGGAGUAUGUUCAGGAUAAUUAUCCUCCUUAUGUCAAUUCUGAUGAUCUAAAUAGUGGUUACUCCAUAAUGCGCUCAGAAGUUGUUCCUUCUAUACCAAGCAGAAGUAAGUCAGAUGCCCACUCUGAAAAAACUAGGUUGCAUGCUUUGGCCUCGAAGUUUAUGGAACUAGAGGAUAAAAUGUCAGUAAUGGUAGUUAAAGAUGGAGAAACUAUUUCAUACAGAAGUGGUAGCCAAGGUAGUACCAAUAGCCCUUUAUAUGAUAUUCUAACAAAACUGGUCCGUGAAGCAAGACCAGCGCAUAGGUCAAAGAAAACAAGGAUAAGUUUUGUUGGAAAAGAUAUUGGCCUAAAGCUGCUUUCUGAUGACUCUGAAGUCCAAUUGGUCGAUUCCGUUUCAAUUCAAGAAAGUCAACAUGAAGGAACGGCUGAUUCAUUUGCUAGGUCAGACAUUGGCACUGAUGGUAUCAUUGAAGUUUCCAUGCAUGAAAACAAGGCAACAAAGGUUGAACAUAUUGACGAUGGACAAGCACCAAGUAUACUCGAGAAAACUGCUGCAUAUUACUGUGGUAUCAAUAAUGAUGAUCAUGAAUGUAGUGACACAGAAAUAGAGGAACAACAAGAAGCUGAGGCCUCAGAUGUAAGCCCCGAUCUGAACUACAGAGAUGAGAAAACAAUUGCAGAAGAUUUGGACAUCUUGGAACCUGAUGGGAGAAAUGUGCAUUUGAACACAGAGAAAUCAGGAUCACGAAAUAAGCAAGAUGUAUUUUCAGUCCAGGGUCAAGAAUCUGGAACAAUUGAGAGUUUCAUUUACGAGCGUGAUUUAUUUAAUCUAGAUGAACAGUCAGAAAAGCGUGACAGCAAAUAUUCUCCAGAUGCAACAUUUAGCUCUUCCAGUAUCCUUGCAAGUGAUAACACAGACUAUACAGAGCAGGUAACUUCAAGCAUAUCAGAUAACCGUUUUAUUGGUCCGUUCUUCUUUUCUGAUGGUGGUUCUAGGCUUCUGAGAACUUUGACAGGUGGAUCAAGAGUUCCAUCCCUUGUAAUAGUUGAUCCAGUUCAACAAAAGCAUUAUGUCUUUCCUCAGGAAAGUGAAUUUAGUUACCCUUCUUUAGAAAAUUAUUUUGACAAUUUUGUGAAUCAAAAUCUUUCCUCAUAUUAUCGUUCGGCCUCAACUUUCAUAAGUUCAAAGGAGCUUCCCAGGCCGCCUUUUGUCAAUCUUGAUUUCCAUGAGGCAAAUUCCAUCCCUCUAUUGACAGCAAUUAGUUUUUGUCCCCUGGUCUUUGGAUUUGAAGAUUGUGAUUCAGAAAACGGAAUGUCAUUUCUGAAUACUGAGAAUAUUUCAUCUGCUUGGAAGAAAGAUGUGCUGGUGCUUUUCAGCAACCCUUGGUGUGGGUUUUGCCAGCGAAUAGAUCUUGUUGUCCGUGAGUUGCACCAAUCAUUCAAAACUUUUAUGAGUUUGAACGCUCAAUUUGCAGACACUCAAAAUUUGCAGACCGAAGUUGCAGAGAAAAAUGGAGAAUCUACUACGAUGGGCCUUCCAGUUAUUUACUUGAUGGACUGCACAACCAAUGACUGCCAUCAUUUACUAAAAUCAUCAGGCAAGGAGGAGUUUUAUCCUACGGUGUUACUUUUUCCUGCGGAGAAGAAAAGCGCAAUAUCAUAUGAAGGAGGAAUGUCAGUGGCUAAUUUAAUUGAAUUUCUGGAGUCUCAUGCAAGCAAUUCUCACCAUAUGUCGGGAUAUAUAGGAUUUCUGCGGAAGAAGAUGGUGACGCGACAUGAUGCACCAGCACCGCAAUCAUUCCAGUUUCACAUCAGCGAUAAGAACAGCAGCAGUGUUGGUCACCAGUCCCAUCCAAGUCAUUCAGAAAGGGGCAAGGUGCAUAUCGUCACAGGGUCCAUCCUCACUGCCACCGAAAAGCUCGGUGCUGCUGUUCCAUUCGAUAACGCCCAAGUUCUCAUUGUAUCGGCUGAUUCUCAUGAGGGCUUUCAUGGAUUAAUCAUCAACAAACGGUUAAGCUGGGGUGCCUUCAAGAAUUUGGACAGCUCCAUGGAGCCUAUCAAGCUCGCCCCUUUCUUCUACGGUGGACCUGUUGUGGUUCAGGGUUACCACCUUGUGAGUUUGUCGAGAGUCGUUUUCGAGGGGUAUGCACAAGUCAUACCCGGUCUCUAUUAUGGAAAUAUAAUUGCCACAAGCCGGGUAAUCAGGGGGAUCAAAUCAGGCCAGCAAUCUGCCGAGGAUUUGUGGUUUUUCCUCGGCUAUGUGGGUUGGGGAUACAGCCAACUGUUUGACGAACUAUCUGAAGGCGCAUGGCAUGUUAGUGGACAGCCGAUUGAGCACUUGGAGUGGCCGGAGAGUUAGAGGAUCUUGCACAUAUUUGCUGACGCUACACUAUGGCACUGUACUUCACUUUUUGUUUUCCAUGGCGCGGUGUCGAGGCUACUGAAAUUUUAAUACUCCGUGUUGUCUUUGUAACCCUUUUUUUGGGUAGCGUAGCCUCUCUUUUCCUUCUCUAUUCAGAGAUUCAGACUGCGUAGUUUUUAAACAACCUAUGUUUUUGUGUAACUUUUUUUUAACCCAAAUUAGUUUGUCACACCGGUGCACAACAUGGCGUGGAUAAGGGAAAGGCAUUCAAGUUGCCUACUAUAUUUCUGAUGGGAGUUUAUAUUUUAUUUGCUUGCUGGUAAAUUGUAUACUUAAAUUUUGUAAGCUGAAUUGUAUAGUUUUCUCUGUAAGGAUUCAUUAGAUUC